UUCACCUCCCCGCGCUUAUCAUUUUCUUAUUCUUUUUCAUCAAUGGCUUCCAAAAUCUCAGUUUCUCCUUUCUGGAACCUUCCAAUUUCCACCCAAAAAACUCAAAUCACUCCUCAAUUUCCUCUUUUACAGCACUUUCCUUCUUGUAGGAUUUUCUUAUCGAAGCUCAAAGCAAAUUAUUCUCAAAGAUGUAUACCAGUUUUAUCUGCAUUGACUGAAGAAUCCCAAACUGCUCCUCCUUCAUCGUCGUCGAUUAAUUCUUUGAAAACAGUUCUUGUUGUUGGUGGCUCCGGUGGUGUUGGACAAAUAGUUGUAGCAUCAUUGCUCAAUCGGAAUGUCAAACUGCGUCUCAUUCUUCGAGACCCUGAGAAAGCAACUACUCUAUUUGGUGAGCAGGAUGAGGAAAAGCUGCAGGUAUGGCAAGGUGACACUCGAAGUCCUACGGGUAUAGAUCCAUCUGUAUUUGAGGGUGUAACUCAUGUUAUUUGCUGCACUGGGACCACUGCUUUUCCAUCUAGGCGGUGGGAUGGAGAUAACACUCCAGAAAGAGUAGAUUGGGAUGGUGUGAGAAACCUUGUGUCAGCAUUGCCGAAGUCGCUAAAACGAAUUGUUCUUGUUUCAUCAAUUGGUGUCACAAAGUUCAAUGAGAUGCCUUGGAGCAUCAUGAACCUUUUUGGUGUUCUCAAGUAUAAGAAGAUGGGGGAGGAUUUUGUUCGCAAUUCUGGUCUUCCAUUCACCAUUAUCAGACCUGGUAGAUUAACAGACGGACCAUACACAUCAUAUGAUUUGAACACACUGUUACAAGCUACAGCUGGCGAACGGCGUGCAGUUUUAAUAGGUCAAGGGGAUAAACUUGUUGGAGAAGUUAGUAGGCUUGUAGUUGCAGAAGCUUGCAUACAGGCGCUGGACAUAGACUUCACAGAAGGGCAAACUUAUGAAAUAAACUCUAUUCCAGGUGAUGGACCAGGAACAGAUACACUGAAGUGGCAGGAGUUAUUCAAAGCUUCUCACAACAAUUAACGGCAGUUCAACUAUAUUUCGUAUACAGAUAAUCAGAGGAAGCUCUCAAUGUAUCUAUACAGGUACACUGAACUGUGAGAGUAUUUGUAAGUAGUAGAUAGCGUACAGUCAGAACGAGUCUAGAAGCCAAGAAUGCCUACAGAGCAAAGAUUGAUGAUCCUUGCUGCUGCUUUCUGGUUCUAUCAUGUAAAAGGCAUAUAAGGAUGUACCUAUUUUGUAAGUUAGAUUCCUUGUAUAAAAUCUUUUGCAAAGUUUAAGAUCUCUCAGAUUUUGUGUUGUAUAUUUCCAUAAGAAAUGUUGUUAGUUUACCAAAAAAAAAUGUGGUAAGCAUCCACUAAAAGAACCAAAAAAAUGGCGUGUCUACAUUUUAA